AUGGAGACUGCCAACGAUAGCGCAGAAGCUCUUCGACGCCAAAUUCUGGAAACAGAAGACGAGUUGAAGAGACUUAAAGACCAGCUUUCAAAAGUCGAAGAAAAGACCGCCCUUGAGCAAGAUGGCCCCGUGACUCAGAGCAAAUGGCCGUUGUCCGCAGAGGAAUAUCAGAGGUAUGGGAGGCAGAUGAUUGUCCCUAAUAUUGGGAUUCAAGGCCAAUUACGUUUGAAAUCUGCCUCUGUUCUACUCGUAGGAGCCGGAGGACUAGGUUGCCCUGCUUCAGUGUAUCUUGCCGGCGCUGGCGUAGGCACUAUAGGGAUUGUCGAUGGCGAUGUCGUAGAGACAUCUAAUUUGCACCGCCAGAUUCUACACAAUACAUCUAGUGUUGGGAUGAAGAAAGUGGAUAGCGUGAUAUCAUAUCUUAAAUCAUUAAAUUCCCAAAUAAAAUACACGGCCCACGCCACGCACCUCACGCCUGAGAACGCAGCGGAAAUUGUAUCUAGUUAUGAUCUUGUCCUUGAUUGCACUGAUCAUCCUACAUCUCGCUAUCUCAUCUCCGAUACGUGCGUGCUUCUCCAAAAGCCGCUCGUCUCCGCAUCUGCACUCAAGACCGAAGGGCAACUAAUCGUCCUAAACUGCCCCCCUCUUCCUUCUGGAGACGAGAAAGGAGGGCCUUGCUACCGUUGCGUAUUCCCUAAGCCACCCCCAGCAGAAAGCGUCGUAAGCUGUGGUGAUGGCGGUAUUAUCGGUCCCGUGGUGGGGGUUAUGGGUGUGAUGCAAGCGUUGGAAGCUAUUAAAGUGAUUACCGAAGGGAGGCUGGGAGGAGACUUAAUGAGGGCGGAACAGCGAUCGAAUACCAUGCUGUUAUUCGCCGCAAAUGGUAAUCCUCAAUUCCGGAGUCUCAAAAUGCGAGGCAGGAACCCAAAAUGUCUCGCCUGUUCAGCAAAUGCGGCUAUGACUUUAGAAACGCUGAAAGCUAUGGAUUAUGCCUUUUUCUGCGGUGUUGCGGCACCGGUGAGUAUUUUGGGGCCAGAAAUGAGGAUCGAGGCAAGGGAAUACGAGGGAAUGAGAUUGGAGGGAAGGCAACACCUUUUGGUUGAUGUGCGGGACAAGGUUCAGUUUGAUAUUUGCAGUAUUGACGGCUCUCUUAACGUUCCGUUCUCGACGUUUCAAGGGAAUCGAGCACUGGUCCAAGCUGGAGAAUGCCCUAGCUGGCUGUCGAUGACCCUUUCUCCAGAUGCGCCCAUAUACGUUGUUUGCAGACUUGGCAAUGACAGUCAAGUGGUCGCGAAGAAACUGCAAGACAGUGGACUGGACAAAAAUGGAACCCGGGAAAUCAGAGAUAUAAAGGGGGGAUUAAGGGCGUGGAAACAACAAGUGGAUAGCUCCUGGCCCGAAUACUGA